AAAACAUCCGACGUCUUUGAGCAUACGAUUAAACAAUAAGACAUCAAAACGUCGUACGCAACACACUGACGUUAUGUUAGAGAUGCCGACCAAACUGGCAACCACAACAUGCUGAGUGCGAUUCUAUAAAAUGGCCAAUUGUGACGUGGUGCUUUACGUGCCAUGUGUAUUAGUGACGUCGUUAUUUAAUCUGUAAGAGCAAAUUUCCAGUGAAGUUACAUAUAUUAUAUAUAAUAAGUGAGAGAGAGAUGAAAGAGAGAGACAGAGAAAGAGAGUCUGCUCUGUAGCAUGAAAUCUACGUUCAUAGAUUUACAGCUAGUUGGAAGGGACAUUCCAGCGCUAACAAUAAACUUCAACUGCAACACAUUUGAUAUUUGAGCUUUGUAAGACAAAGGAAAACAGAUGUGAUCAUUACGACAGCACUGAUCACUUUUACUUUUGGGAUCAAUGCGAGUCGAGUCUUACUGCCAAUAGCAGAAACGUCGUGUGAUUUUUGGAGACCCCUGUCAAUUUUUGAUUUAGUGCAUUCAAGGUUGAUCAUUAUUAUUUUUGUUUUACCACAUCACAGCAUUACUGCAGGACCCACGGGACGGCGGCUCUGCCAAUACACGCAACAAUUUAAUGAUUGCACUUAAAUCAGCAGUCACAUAUUGUCAGCAGUAAAUAUGUAAUGUUUUUUUUUUAAAUUAAGAAAAUAAUAAAUGUUUUCAAACAAGCUAUCAUUAAUUAGCAUAGGCAUAAGAGAGUGACUAAUGUCUCCCUUAUAUCACAUGUCAUGCUGGCUUUUAACGCAUUUGAGGAACAUAAAGGUUGACGAUACUUUGGUCUCACUUUAUGAGUCAUUUCAAAUCCUUGAUUGAAAUUUUUUUUAUUUUUUUAUCCAUGGUUAAAAUUAGAUUUUGAAAGCUGCUCAGCCCCCCCCCCCCCUAAUUCCCAAAAACAAAAGAAAAAAAAAAAAAAUAUGGUCAUAGUCAUGGUCAUGCUACUAAUAAUAAUACACAUUUAUUCAAUAAUUAAAUUAAAAAUAUCAAUAAAUUAAUUCUGAAGUGUACAACAUAUAUUGAAUUUUUCCCGUACACAUGAAGGGGUAGGAUGAUAACCAAAGGCAUAAAUUAUUAUGUGAAUUGUCUUCAAUAUUUUAUCGCAAAAAAAGUUCAACGGUCCACAGGAAUUGAAAACUGUAAAGGACGAUAACCGUGCUCCAAAGGGGAGAUAAAUAAAUACAUAUAUUGUAUAUAUUGUCUAUAUACAAAAUGAUCCAUUGCAUUUAAGUUUUUCACCUUUAUCUGAAAAGCACAUAAUUUAUAUAUAAUUUAAUUUCAAUAUAUCAAAAAUAAUUAAAUCAGACCAGACAAGCUACUGUCUAUUUUAAUUUAAGGUUGAAUGCUUUCUUACUUGUUGUAUGUUUCUCUGUUGUCACAGUCACUGUAAAACUUCACUGAUACUGAUACUGAUAAGGCACAUAGGCACAGGCAUGAAAUAAAAAUGUGAAUCUCGUUUAUAAUUAUUUGAGUUCUUGAAAUGCUUAAAUUAGAAAAUUGAAACUUCACAGCGACACACAAUAGUAACAAUUUUAACAAUUCACAAAUUAAAAUUAUAGCAAAAUCCGUCGGUAGGCAUACACAUAAAACAAUUACAUUUUCAUCGAAAAAUCUAUUUGCUUUCCAACGGGUUGCUCGUCUAAAAACGUUACUACACUUACACCAACGGACCAACCUGGGGGAAACAUAAUAAAUUUAGUUUAUUAUACUUCCUUGUUAAAUUCAGUAUAAAAUUAUACUGGUCCAAACAAUUGUUGAUUGUUUUCUGCGUUAUUUAUGAAUAAAUCCAGUUGUAUCAUCGCAAAAUUAAUUUUGAAAUCAUAGAAAAUUUAAAUCUGGGAUUACUUUUUAAACACGUCAAAAAUUGUCGCAUGAAAAUUCAUAGAUUAAAAAAAAAGUAAUUUAAAUUUUGAUAUUGUAAAUUUAUAAUCAUUCCUCCCUGAUAAAAGAAAAGAUAACUUGGCUAACAAUAAUAAAAUGGCGGAGAGCAUGAAUUGACUUUCGAUUUUAAUAAAAAAAAAAAAAAAUGAAAUUUAGAGGAAAAAUAGUUGAUAUAACAUGAAUACAUCAUUUUACAAGUAGGUAGACACAUAAUUAAAAGAUAAACAAAUCUAAAUUUUGAUAUUGUCAAUUUAUAAUCAUUCCUCCCUGAUAAAAGAAAAGAUAACUUGGCUAACAAUAAUAAAAUGGCGGAGAGCAUGAAUUGACUUUCGAUUUUAAUAAAAAAAAAAAUGAAAUUUAGAGGGAAAAUAGUUGAUAUAACAUGCAUACAUCAUUUUACAAGUAGGUAGACACAUAAUUAAAAGAUAAACAAAUCCGAUAAUCUCGUAUCUUAGUAUUAGUAUUAGCUCUGCUAUGUAAAUUAGCAUACGUCAUACAGUAUCAGUCAUACAUCAUUACAUCAUACAUACAUUUCAUUUUCAUUACAAAUGAAAUUGUGCAGCCAGAUUGAGAUUGAAACAAAAAUAGGACACAAAAUUUUAAAAUUUAAACAAAAUUUGCGCAGGUACAUAAAUUUAAUUAAAUUUUGAGGCGAACUUAUUCCCUUCAUAAUAUCCAUCUAGUCAAUCUAGAUAUGCGGUAAUUUAAGAAGUGUCAACAAUCUGCAGUCCCCCUUUCAGUCAUAGUCAUAGUUUCAGAUGUUACCUCCGUUACCUCCCGCUCCAUGGACCAUUCCCUCAGCCUCAACUAAAAAACUUGUGUGGCUACAGUUACACACUGUCAUAAGAAAGUUGAUAAAGAAGUAAAAACAAUACGAAAUAAUUGUAAAAUAAUGAAAACCCAAUUAACAAACAGUUUCAUAGAAUACACUUUUACACACUUCAUUUCAGGUUUCACCAAAAAGAAAAUUCAAAAGUCAGAAAAUCAAUACAGUACCCCCAAUUUUCUACAAUGGGGGCAAAUAUGCAAUUUUAAUAUACUAUAAGGAAAAAUUAAUUCUAGUAACAACAAGAAGAUCAACAAAAGGGCGUAGAUUGACAGAAUAUUGUUAUUAUUAUUGAUGAAACAGAAAGCUGAGAAAUGUCUUUAGUCUUUUGAGAAUGAUGAUUUUGAUUUGAAUUUUUAAUUAUUUUCAAAUUUGGACUUUUUUAUAAACUAUAACUAUAACUAAAUUUAAAUGAUGCUUUAAAUUUAAUGCAAAUAAAUGUUUAUUAGUUAUUGUUGUUAGUGUAGGAUAUCUGGAUUCUUUCAAAUUCAAUGAAUUGAAUCACAUUUCAUUAUGACCAUGAUGAUUCACUAUGAUUUAUAAUAAUAAAUUAUCAUAUAUUAUAUUUUUUUUGUGAACAAUCAAUUUAUUUUAUUUUGAUGAUAAUAUAUAUAGAAUAUAGUAUAUAGAUCCUAAACCCUAUAUUAGUAUAUUACACUUGAAUUCAGUAUUACAGUUAUUUCAUCAUUAUUACAUAUUUAUGCCCAUAUACUGAUUUAUAUGUCCCAACUACAAUUAAACAUACUUUCUUUCUAAAUAGACUAUACUGGUAAUAUGUUGCAGACAGCUUUUGUUGUAGUUUAAGGGAUGAGUUCAUAAAAAAGUAGGCCUAUUUGAAUAAUUUAAUGAAAUAAAUAAUAAACAUUUGAUUUGUGAUUCAUUUUUAGUGUUAUCAAUGAACAAAGAUUGUAGUUGACUUUCAUACAUAAUAUGAAUAAUGAUGCUGACAGUUUAAACAAUAAUUCUGUUUCAGAUAUUGUUGGAACUAUUUCAAAAUUGGUUAAGACCUGUAUUAUGCGCAUUUCUGAAGACAAAGUCUUCUUCAUACUCUCCGAGAGAAUAGGUGAUGGUGGUGCCCAAAUAUGGUGUGAGUUACAACAAGUAAGACACAAAUUUAUUCUCAAUGAUAUUAAUUUUUAAAAUUUAAUAUACUUUUUCCCUAUAGUCACACUUCAUAUAGUUUCAUUCAUCUGUUCCUACAGUCACACUUCAUAUAGUUCCAUUCACUUGUUCCUAUAGUCACACUUUCAUAUAGUUCCAUUCAUCUGUUCCUAUAGUCACACUUCAUAUAGUUCCAUUCACCUGUUCCUAUAGUCACACUUCAUAUAGUUACUUUCAUCUGUUCCUCAUUCCUCUGAACUUUACAAAUAAAUCUGAUAAGUGAUAAUCUGAUAAGUGAUAAUCUGAUUUUCCUCAGAGUCAUUUUUUUGAUGAAUAUGCAAUGGAGGGUGUGUCACAAGAAGCUAAUGAAAUAUAUCUGGAGAUAGUUCCCGACCUUAUCUUACGUUCUCUAAAGACAGCGCAGUCAGCAAAAUGGGUAAAAAUUAAACUGACAAAGAAGCACACACCGUGCUUAACAUUGGAGAUAGAUUUGGUAAGAGAGAGUAGCACAUGCAACUAAAACCCCCCACCCCACACUUUAGCCCUCACCCCAAACCAUUUUUUAAAAAAAAGCUUCACUUUUCAUUAGUGGCUUCAGUUUUUUUUACAAUUUAUGUUAAGCGCUUAUUGGACUUUCCAUUUGAUGUUAUAUUGUACCAAAAGAAUAUAGGAAACUGGCUUUAGCUCUUUCCUAACUUAAAUAAUUUACAAAAGCAUUGAAAUUUCUUGAUAUAACUAAUUGCUUAUAUAUUGUUGGAUACAAAAAGAACUAAUAUAAGUAUAAUAGUUUUGUGUGCCGACAGUGUUGAGCUUUUGUUCUGACUUUAUUAAAGCUUUAACUUUUUAUGUUAAACUUUAUACUUUUUUCUUUACGGGCUCUCCCAUUGUAAAGACCCUAUCAUGAUCAGUUGGUAAAAUUUAAUAAGGUCUUUCACUUUUGAAACUUUCCCAGCCCAGCGGUGGACUUCACCAAAGGCAAGUUGUUCAUGAUGUACCAGUCACAGUGGUGGCCAGAAAACACUGGGAAAGUUUUACAGAACCAGAAAUGCCCAAAUUUGAUGUAAUUGAAAGUAGUAUUUUUGUCUCGAUAGUUUAAUCAUUUUGCCUUUUGCUUCUUUUGAAUGUCAAAAGUCUGCAAAAUAAAUUUCACUUUCUGACUUUUCCUUUUUUUUUUUUCCCAGUUCAUUUUUUGUAAUGAUUCAAACAUCUACCAGGUAGUGAGAAAUUUGGUCUGAAUUAAUACUACUAAAAAUAGCAUAAUUUUUACUUUUAUGGAGAUUAUAUUUUUGAAUUCACUAUUGCUAAUGUUAAAAUGUUUUAUGGGAAAGGUAUUGAUUGGGGAUGAGUAAUAAAGUAUUAAAAAAUUCUUAAAAUUUGGAUAAUUGUCAUUUUUGUUCUUCUGUUUAAACCAUACAAAUAAGCAGUAAAGGUUAACUUGGGUUGUUUUUUUUGUUGCAUUUUUUUUUCAGGUAAGCAUUUCACUACCACCUCUAAAAGUUCUAAAGAAUGUUAUUGAUAAGAUGAAAAACCUCAGCAAUUACGUAGUAAGUUAUUAUCAACAAUUCUUUUUUUUUUUUUUUUUUUUUUUUUUUUUUUUUUUUUUUUUUUUAUUUUUUUUUUUUUUUUUUUUUUUUUUUUUUUUUUUUUUUUUUCUUUUUGGUUGUAGAUAAUUUUUUUUUAAGAUGUAAACAUAAAAUGAACAUGGAAGUUCACGUUACAAUAAAUCAGUCAUUCUUCAGGCCCUUUCAGCUAAUUCCACUGGUGAUAUGAAGUUGUCAGUGGAGACAGACAUGGUUGCCGUCAGUACCCAUUUUCAAAAUCUGCUUAACCCUAUUUAUAGUGAUUUUUUUUUUUACUUUUUUUUUUUUUUUUUUUUUUUUUUUUUUUUUUUUUUUUGGUUGUAGAUAAUUUUUUUUUAAGAUGUAAACAUAAAAUGAACAUGGAAGUUCACGUUACAAUAAAUCAGUCAUUCUUCAGGCCCUUUCAGCUAAUUCCAGUGGUGAUAUGAAGUUGUCAGUGGAGACAGACAUGGUUGCCGUCAGUACCCAUUUUCAAAAUCUGCUUAACCCUAUUUGGAGUGAGUCUCAAUAUUACUUUUUUAGUUAUUGUUUCAAGUUCCAACAUAUUCAAUGCCUUCUGAGUUGUUUUUUUCUUAGUGUUUUAAAAAACUAUAAAUAGCUUUACAAUUAAUUGUCCAGUGCUAUUGGUUUUGAUAACAAUGUGAGAGGAGACGGGGUCAAUUAAAAGAACAACAAGUUAACAUAAAAGUAUUAUUUAGUAAACAGUCUUAGAGAUAAGAUCACAUUGCCCUAUACAAUAGUUAACUUUCACUUUCAUUGUUUUCAAUAAUACUCACUGCUUCCAAAGCUCCCUUUUCCAACAAUUUUGUUGAUCAAAAAUUAUAAAUUUUAUAUCAACCCAUAUAUUACCAGUACAAAAAAUGAGAUCAAAUGGAGGCAAAUAAAAAUUACAUUUGCUAAACUUUAUAAUACAUACAAUGUUAAAUAGUUCCUUUUGGUUUUUUUUUCUUUAAAUCUGGAAAUAAAUUGUCUACAAUUUAAAAAUUAAUUUAUUCACAUAAUUUUUAUUCAACGAUGCAUAUUCUUAUGUCUGUUUUGAGAUUAUAAAAACAACCUCAACCAAUAUGUGAUCAAUGUUAGUUUGAUUAUUUCAAUUUUUUUUUAAUCAUGAACUAAUGAUUAAAUUAGUGAUGAUAAUCUGUUGUUUUAGAUAGAAGUACUGGUAGUCAGCCACUGUCUCAGACUUCUGAAGACAGAGACCCACAAGAAUUUUCUACAACAAGAAUUGACAUUAGAAAAUUUGCCCAGUUUAUCAACAGCCAGCAGGUUAAUCCCAACAAAGUUGUUUGCAGUGAGUAGAUUGUCAUACCUAUUAAAAAUUGUUCAUAACUUUCUUAGGUGUUUCUUUUCAUCACUGAAGUACAAUAGAAGAAAAUUUAAAAAAAAAAUAUUGUAAGGAUUUGGCAUUGACUAAUGACUAUUUAAAUUUUUCUUCUUCAGAUAUUGUCCAUCAGCGCAUGGCUCACUUCUUUCUUUUGCAUGACGACGUGUCACUUCAGUACUUUUUACCAGUUGUCUCAAGAUGAACCAAAUUAUACAAAUUAAUUAUAUGUGUAUAUUAUUUAGCAACUAUGAGGGAAAUAAAACGGACAGAAGUCUCAGAAACUAAAAAUGUAAUUAUCUUAAUUUAUUUCCUUGUUUUUAAUGCUACUAUACAUUGUUGUCUGCACGGCUGGCAUGCUGCUCAGCUAUGACCUUUGGUGGCAUAUACCCUCAUGACACUGCUUUCCAAAAUAUUUAGUGGAUCUGAAUAAUUCUUUUGUGACAUAAUACAAUUUGAAGGCGUGGUCACUAUUCAAACAGCUCAGAACAGUAAUCUAAUGUACCCUAAAAAUGUUCUAACUCUAUGUAAAAACAUGGCAUACUUAAAAACACUUUUUCAAAUAUCAGCUCCAAUCCUAACACUCAAGACAUUUAAAAUAACCUCUACACAUUGAUCUGCCUCCCAAUAGAACGAAUCACUAAGGAAAGAUCACUAAGGGCAUUGGAUGUACACAAACAUGAUCACCUUGUAACAUAACAACUUCAUACUAACAUACAAAUUUGACACCAAUAUACAGGCAGUGGUUUAAAUUGUACACCAUUUAUUUUUGGACAUAAUUGUUAGUUAUGUCUUUCAUUAAUACAUUAAAAUGGUUAUCAAUGUUUUGGUUUCAAUUGUAACUUUUUCUCAUUUUUAAAUUUGCUGAACUAGGUCAGGUAUUUCAGGUUAAGGAGUUGAACUGAAUAUAUUAUAGAUUUGCAAGCAUAAGCUGUUUCAUUUGAUAAACCCUUCAAAUUUGUAACUUCUCAAACUAUCUAAUAUCUAAAACUUAUUUUAAACAAUUUUAAUAUUCCUUGUGAGAUUUAACUUUAACAAUUGUUCACUUAAAUAUUUGCAUUAGAUCGUGUAAAAUUACUUGUUAAUUUUUGUUAUGACAUAAUAGAGUGACUUCAGCUGUUUACAUGCAAAGAUUCAUGAUACCUGGGCUCUGUAAAAUAUGUUGAUUGUGCCUUCAGUAUCAUUACAAAUUACUAGAUUUGUUUGCUUUAUAUUUUUAUUUAUAUUGCCAUGUGAUUGUUUACUUCACUUUUAUUAAGUGUUACUUAUGAUACAAUUAAAAUAAAAAAGUAUUUGUUGGUAUUUCAUUGAAACAGUGUGUAUAUUGGGUGAGGGGUAGUGUAACAAAAUUAACUGCCUGAAUAGUUCAACUCAAAUAAAGAUAGAUUUGAUAUCUCUAUAAUAAAUGUGAUUAAAAGUCUUUAAAAUGACAACAAAAUUAUCAAAUUUUAUUCAGGUGCAAGCUUUUAAUUUGAAAUGAUAUGUACAUCAACAGAUUUUGGAGUUUAUAUAAUUGUACAUUUUGACAAUUCUGAAUUUCCAUUGCAAGGAAAAGAGACAUAAUUUAAUGAUUGCCAGGCCAUACAGUAAACUUUCUUCAAUAUUCAGCAUGGAUGCAAGUUGAAGUUUUGACAAACCCAGUACAAAGUACAGUUUUAAUGUUUCAGCAGCCAUGGCUGGAUGCCAAAGUUUGAAAGAAAGUGCCUUAACUUUGAAUUUGUAUAUUAAUCAUAGAAAUAACAAGAAAAUAUUUCUUUUACAUUAAAAUGAAAUAAAAUAUGAUGACAAAAAAACUGCACAAGUUACAAAUAAUUUAUCAUGAGUGUACAACAUUACAUGUCAUGGUUAACACAUAAAUUAUACUUUAUGUUGUAAAAAUUGUAUCAUCUGGAAUUUGUAAAUAGAGAAUAUGAAUAUGAUUGAAAAUGUUAUUUUGACUGUCUUAGUUAUUUUUCUUCAAAACAAUGGGAGAGAAGAUUAGGGAUGCCUUAUAUGAAUUUAAGUGAAUUAAACAUUUCCAAAUCAUUAAAUUCAAAUUAUAAGAUGAUGUAGUGUACAUUUUAUAACAUGCAAAACAAAUUAGAAAAGUGAAGUUUAUUUGAUACAAGUACUUCUAUGUAUCACAUGGUACAUUCUUUUAUAUAUAUAUAUAUAUAAGUACCAUUAAUU